CGGUCCCAAUUAGAGAGAACAUAACAACAGAACAAAAACAGAGAUGGGUUGUUGUUUCCGUGGCUCAAAAACACAACCACCAAUGGAAAGAAGAACCUCCAUGUCUGUUGUAAGUGUUGGAGAAUUCUCAAAACCCAAAAGUGUCAAACAAGAAGUUCUGAUACAAAUUCCAGGAUGCAGAGUUCAUCUGAUGGAUAAAGGAGAAGCUGUUGAACUGGCUCAAGGCCAGUUCAUGAUGAUGAAAAUCAUGGAUGAGAACGUGCCUCUAGCUACCAUCAUAAAAGUAGGAAAUGAUGUUCAGUGGCCUUUAACAAAAGAUGAACCAGUGGUGAAGGUUGAUGCUUUCCAUUACCUGUUCUCAUUGCCUGUGAAAGAUGGUGAGCCUCUUAGCUAUGGUGUGACCUUUCCAGAACAUAGUUGUGGAAACAUGGGUUUGCUGGAUUCGUUUCUGAAGCAGUACUCUUGCUUUUCUGGUUUGAAAUGGAGCAAGAAGAAUGAUCUUGAUUGGGAGGAGUUUGCUCCGAGGGUUGAAGAUUACAAUCAUUUUCUGGCCAAGGCAAUUGCUGGAGGGACUGGUCAGAUUGUUAAGGGUAUCUUCAUGUGCACUAAUAAUUACACCAACCAGGUGCAAAAAGGAGGGGAAACGAUCCUAAAUAGUGCUGCAGAUAAGAAAAAUGGUGUAGUAGUGAGGGAAAGCAUGAGCAACAAGACUGCUGGUGCCACAAAGAAGAAUGGGGUCAACGAAAACCUCAAACGUGUAAGAAAGCUGUCAAAUAUGACAGAAAAGUUAACCAAAUCUUUGCUUGAUGGUGUUGGAAUAAUGAGUGGAUCAGUGAUGGCUCCUAUGGUUAAAUCCCAACCAGGACAAGCAUUCCUAAGGAUGCUCCCUGGUGAGGUGCUUUUGGCUUCUCUGGAUGCUGUCAACAAGGUUUUUGAAGCAGCUGAAGCUGCUGAAAAACAAACCCUUUCUGCCACCUCUCAAGCUGCAACCAGAAUGGUUUCUAACAGGUAUGGAGAAGAAGCAGGAGAGGCUACUGAGCAUGUGUUUGCAACUGCAGGACAUGUUGCUAACACUGCAUGGAAUGUCUCUAAGAUAAGGAAGGCCAUUAAUCCAGCUUCUUCAGCAACCACCACAGGAGCACUCAGAAAUGCUGCCAAGAAUAGAAAUGUUAAAUAUUAAAAUCCAAUCAUGUUGCUUUCUUUAUA